AUGCCCGCUGGCUACAAACCUUCCCCACUAGGGCCUCAUGGCUCUCCUCGCAGUUCUCCAUUCAGAAGACCAGAAUCCCCAGCAUCGCCUUCAGCAGUGCGCCAGAACUCGACGACCCAAGUAACCCAAGUAACCCAAGUGACACCUUUCGGCUCGCCCACCAAGGCAUCCUACGCUACGAACAACGGACGCUUCGGCAACCCAACCACACCAACAGACACAGCCGAGAGCAAGACACCGCGAGUGCGAACACCAACAGCCGAAACUACCACCAUGGCCUCGCCACAGCCUCUGCGGCCGGGUCUGAAGAAGAGUAUGAGCCACGGGAACGCCAUAUCGCAUCUGCAGCCUGCGCAAGUCAGACAGCUUCGAGAGGGCUUCGAGGUCUUGGAUCGCGACAGCGAUGGCAUCAUCAAUAGGGAGGAUGUAGCCGACAUGCUGAAUCAGUUGGGCCUGCCGUCUAAACCCUCCGACGUAGCACUAUUCUUCCCUCCAUCAACGCCUCAAACGAUGACGAUGGCUGCUUUUCUGAAUUCCCUUGCUACAAUGCUGGCUUCCUUAUCACCACAAUCCGAGCUGCUGUCUGCUUUCUCGGCGUUCGACGACGACGAUAGCGGGCAAAUCGACCUCGCGGAGCUACGGGAUGCGCUUCUGCAUACCGCGCCAGAGCCCGGCGAGCGACCGCUUACAGAAGCCGAGGUUGAGAAGGUAAUCGAGGGAUUCACGGGCAGACGAGCUUUCAAUCGCAACAUGCAAGGCGGAUUGGGCAAUCGCCGUGAGGUAUUUAGGUACCAGGAUUUCGUCAACUCCAUCAUGGGUAGCAAUACGACAUCCGAAGCUGCAUCGGCUGAGGGAUCUGAUGAUUGA